CAACAACAGCAACAAGAGCAACAACAGUAGCUACAGCAAGCAGAGCAAAAGGGAAAAUUAAGUGCCAAAGGCAAAAACAGCCAACAGAUUUUCGCCAGCGAAGCAAACUCAAAAACUAAAUUUACAUAACAAAACAAGACAAGAAGAAGAAGCAGCAGCAGCAGAAGCAGCAGGAUAAGCAGUACAGAUAUAGCCUCCCGAAAACGCAAUCAGGAGACGCCAACAGCAGCCACAGCAGAGCCACCCAUUCGCCGCGGCAACCGCAGCAGCAUGUCAACUGCGCUGGGCGCCAGCAGAGGGCGUGGCAGCCAGGGAAGCACCUUGUGGGUGCUCCUCCUGCUGGCCACGACCGCCCUCAGCAGCAGAGCAGCGCCCACAGCGGAGGUAGUGGUGGUGGUGCAGCCUCAGUCCGCUAGCCACGGCCUGCAGGGCUCAGGGCCCGCCCUGAUUGUGAAGCCACCCACCACCAACGCAGCACCGAAAGCAGGCGGCAGCAGCAGCAGCAUCACCGAGCUGCCAGAGGUUACCAGAAGACCAGAGUUGGAGAACAAAGUGCCAAAAGCAACCACCAAACCACCAGCCAUUUUUACAAGCGAUACUGGCACCACCAGCACCACCAGCACCACCAAGACCCCACUUACAGGCAAUGCAACAACUGAAAGAGCACCACCAACAAGAGCUGAGAGCGAUGAUCACCUGGUACAGCCACCGGCGGUGCUGCAGCUGAUGGACUUGGAGCACACAGAAGCGCCGCCCAUGAACAGCGGACACGACGGCCUCAAGCUGACCAGAAAGAAGCAGCUGCAGCAGCAGCAUUUCCCCACACCAGUCACCACUUCACCCACCGUGGAGUCCAAUACCAGACCGAGCAGCACCACCAGAACCACCCCAACAACAACAACGACAACGGCGACAACCGCAAUUGAAUCAGAAAUGGAAAGGAUCCCAAUCCCAACCAGCAGCAGCAGCAGCAGUGCGAGCACCACCCCUGGCAUCACCAAGCAACCAGCAACUCCCAGCCCCACUUCCAGCUUCAGUUUGAGUGGAACUGGGCCGCCAGCCCUGCUGCCCGUGCACAAUGGGUACUUGGGUCCGAUUUUCAUGGGCGAGAAAACGUUUGCUGUGGUGCACCCGCUGAAGAAGCCGCAGCCAGCCAACCACCUGCACGUGGCCUCGAUCGAGUCGCAGCUGCGCAACGGACGUAUUGUUGAGAUCCUGGCGCCGACGUCACUGCUCGAGCAGAAGACAGAGCCAAGUAGCACCAGCACCAGCACCACCACAGCCACACCCACACCCGAUCCAGCCUCCCUGUCAUCGAUUUCGGUUCUGUCUACCACGGUUUUCCAGGUACCUGAGACGCAGACCAGCACAACUCGUCUGCCCAUGAGCAGUGGCCUGGUGGAGCUCUCCGGGCCGGCGCCCCCGCGCACCGAGUCCAAGAUCUCGGACAUACAAAUAGAGGUGUACGACUCCACAGUGGACUCCAUUGUGGCAUCCACGAACUUCCGCGACAACGAGGGCUACUAUCCGCCGCAAGUGGAGUCGGGCGCGGACACCACCGGGCCGCCUCGACCACCCCGACCGCCAGUGGGGCCGCCACAGGAGCGGUUCACCCAGUAUGUGAUCGAUCGGGCCGAUGUCUCGACCCAGCCCGCCUCGGGUGGCUCGCCCCUGGGCAAGCCCGAGCCGGCGGCCAUUGAGAUCCACAUCAACGUGUCGGAGGCCUUUGGCAGCGAGAGCGAGGAUCUGGAGUUCUCCUACCGCCAGCCGCAGCCGCAGCUGAAGCCGAGCAAGCACAGCGACGAGAUUCUCGUGGUGGAGAUCAUCGACAGCGCCAAUGGGGACAACAGCAGCACAGAGAGCUCGUCGAGUGGCGAGCACAUCAACCCGAUAUUCACCUUCCGUUCGGACAAUGUGGCCAAUGCCCCGCCGCCGGUGCGGCCGCCCCAGCUCCAGGAUGCGGAUGAGCUCUUUAUGGCGGACCUCAAAGAGGGCGAGGGUAUGCCACGAAUACCGCCACCGCCGCCACCACCGCCCCCACGGAAGCCCAGCAUCGAUCGGGACUCUGACACGAUCUUCUACAUCUCCAACACGGAGGUGAAGGUGGGCGAAUCCCUGCCCACGGGCAGUCCUGCAAGCGAUCAGGUCCAGCAGCAGCGCAAGUUCCAGCUGGAGAACCAGUUCUUCCCUGCCAGCUACGUGAUGGAGCAGCAGCAGCAGCAGCAACAGCAACAGCAAAGAUCCGCGCUAGCAACACCUCGAUACGAGGAGGACAUUAUUCUAUCGCCGCUGCACAAUAGCGCCGAUGCUUUGAAGAUCUUCCGCAGUACGGGUCCGAGCAGCGGCGACGGAGCACCACCCCUGGAUGUCACCUAUGUGGGGGAGUCGGUCAUCGAAGUGGAGCAGCAGCCUCCGAGUGCAAGCACCACCCAGGCACCACCCUUGGGCGGAGGCAGUGGCAGCGGCAGCGGCAGCUCACCCCAGUCGGACAUCAUCAUUCAGCCGGCCGUGCUGCCUGAUCUGGCCAUUGGAGUGCCCGUGAUCGGGGAGCUGCCGCCACAGAUCGAACUGAAGGAGAUCGACUAUAUGCCCGGAGAGCUGGGUGGGAUGGGCAUCUACGAGAACGACAUUCAAAGCAACAGCAUCGGCAUAGGCAUGGGCGUCGACAGUGAUCCGGAUGUGAUCGAGAGCUCCAUCCAGUAUGGAGGAGAUCUCAUCGAUGACGGGGCAGGCGGCGGCUUCGAUGGCGUUGAGGGCUCCUAUCCCUUCGACAGCCCUGCGCAUCGCCAGUUGCAGGAUAGCGACGCGCCGGGUGACGCCGGACAGGAUCAUCUGCCCCGCCACUCGGGCGCCAGUCACCUGCACCGCGAGCAACUGCCCAUGGCGGAGCUUGGAAACGCCACUCUGCUGCAGCACAGCGAUAACGGUUCGGUUGGGGGAGAGUCUGGCUCAGGAUCCGUCUCGGCCAUGGCCCCUCUCCUCUCCAGCAGUGCUGGCAGUGGGCACGCAAUAAGCAAUGCCACAGCCCUGUCCGAGAGCCCUCUGGACGACUUUGAUGGCUACCUGAAUCUUUUCGCCGUCUCCAUGGGUCUCAUCAUUGUCAUUCUACCCUCGGCCCUGCUGAUCUCCAUGUACUGUGCCAUUCGUUAUAUGCUGAACAAAAACGCUAGAAAGGGACUGUGCGGCGCCCGUAACGAUGACAGCGAACAGGGCACGGACUCCAAAAAUGAGGACAUCUCGAGAAACGCGCGCGAGACAAAGAUGCACACGGACAAGGAUGGGGUUUUCGUUGUGGAAGUGGCGCGCGGCAUCGACUCCAAGCAGGCGGCUGACAUCCCCGGCGCCGCCCUCGAGACAACCGAUCUGCCCUUCGACACCAAGCUUCAGCUUCAGCAGGCCAACGGUCUGCAAUUGCUGGACGAGCAGACGCUUCCGCCCAGCCACGAGCAGGUCCAGAUCCAUGCCCCACCCAGCGAUUUCACCAAUCCCAUCUUGCCGCAGGCCAAUCCCACGGGUGCAGUUCUCCAUCUCAUCGAGGAGGCGGAGGAGCAAAUGCUGGAGGAUGCUGCCAGGACACCGCAGGAGGAGGCUACCGCUGAUCUCGCCCAAACUGGACUCUCCCAGUCGGAUCUCAGCUCCACCUCAUCGACCGAUUCCAACAAGCGCUACUCCUACGGCAACCAGGAGCUAUACGUCAUCGAGCAACCUGGAUAUGCCACCAGUUCCCCCACAGCCCAGCCAAUUUUAGCAUCAAUCAGGCCCAAGGAGCCUGUCGAGGAUGACGAUGACCAAGACGCAGAGAGGGCAGAGGCAGAGCCAGAAGGGGCGCAGAAGGGGGAGCAAAAGGACCGGACUGCAGCUUUGGACACCCAAAAACCCGAGUCAAAGAUCGACGGUGAGGAACAGAACGAGCAGAUGACAGAUCCACAGCAGAAGACAGACCCGGAGCUGGCCACAGAGCAUAAGUCGGAUGCGGAGAUAAAGCCGAUUCCUGAACAGGAGAUGCAGGGCAAGCCUGAUCCAGUGCCGGAGACACAGUCGGAUACAGUCCAGCUUGAGCUGAAGAUAGAAGCCAAGCCGGAACAGGAACUGGAACCGGAACAGGAACCGCAAACCGUAGCUGAAAUGGAGCCCGAACCCGAGCCGGAGCCCGAGCCCGAAAAUAAUUACGACAGUCUCAUGAGUCUGCCGGCCCCACCAUCCACAGAGGAGAUCAAAGAGCUGAACGAUUUCUCGCUCAUCGAGUCGAAUCAAUUGGACUCUCUGCCCCCACCCCCACCACCACCGCUAGCCGAAGCCGAGGCCGACGCCGACGCCGACGGCGACUCCACCAAUGGAAAGCCAGAGAAGGAAGCUGAGAAGGAGAAAGAUGGGACUGUACUGAAGUCGCAGGCUAUCAUCAGCAAUGGAAAUGGGAACGGAAUGAGUAAGGUGUCCGCCGUCAACAGUGGUGCAGAGGAGCCGGCCACCCUGACGCCGCCCGCUUCACCACCGUCGCCACAGUCGCCGACCACAGGCGGAAUCUAUGGCUCCAACGGCCUCCCCAAUGGCCUCCAUGCCCUGGCUGUGGUCGAUGUAAACGGCAGUUAAGAAAUGCCAGGUAAGAGCAAAGAUAUAACAGACGAUCCCAGCUGUUAGAGAGCAGCAGGAACGGCAACAGAGGAAGAGGGUUUUUUUUUUUUUUUGCAUCGGACCUCCUAGAGAUCUCCCCAGACCGCGAAUAGUUCCCUCUAGGGUGUAAGGAAGACUAGAAAUACUUAAGAGAUAAUAUCCCAAACUGUGGCAAAGAACAAACCGAACCCCGAACGGGCAAGGUGAACGAUUUAAAUUAAUAAAAAUAUACAAGCAAAAACACAGAAGAUGAAAAACAAAAAAACACAAAACUAAAAACUAAUGAAAUAAGGGAUAUUUCCAAUUUACAGUUUGUUGAUUUUCAAAUAUUACGAAUAACAAUUACACGCGAUUAAUACUCGCAUAAAUAAAUCAUAUUUAAUUGAUUGUCUAUUUGCGGCUGACCCAAACACUGGUCCCUCCCCCCCACCCCACGCGAACCCCAAAAAAAAACCACCUCCAUGCCCACUCUUCACAACUUUUGCGGGGAGGUGAACGGCUAGCGCGUAUUUAAAUGUCUAUCCUUACCAUAGCAACUAAAAUGAAAUCGAAAACCAAAACAAAAAUAGAAUAUUAAACAGAAAUAUCCAUACGAUCUAUGAAGUAAGCAAACGAUUAAGAGUGGGGGAAAAAUGUUGUAAUGAAAACUGGCAGAUAUAAAUGGAAACCGAUAAGGUCAAAUAAACAUUGGCGAAACAAAACCAUUCGAAACGAAGCAGAAUAAUGACACACAUACACACUCGUGUGUAAUAAUGCAUAAUUAAUUAGUUUUAAUCAUUUACACACAGAAAUGCCAAAUGCUAAUGAAUGAAACACAAUUGUAGCGGAGUUAUUAGUACAUGUAUUGCAUUGCCAGACUUUAAAGGGUGCUCUGUGUCCGGACAACAACUCAAAAAGAGCUCAGUUCUGUCAGAGGUUACCAUAGUGCAUAGUGCAAUUAGUUUUGCUGGAAUUUAAUUUGUUCACUCUAAAUGUUCGUGUAAUAUUCGGAACGAUCAAAACGUAAGCUCAGAGUGGUAAGAACUUGGAGUUUGAAAAUUGGCUAGGUAACUUACGAGUCGUAGUCUGAGCUGUAGCUCUUACAAUGAAUUGGUUUCAAUGGGGC